CUCUUUCGGAGGGGACAUGAUUCGCUGUCACACCGCUCCCCAUGCUUGGAGCGCGAUGACCGCGCCUGUCUGAGACUGUCCGCCUCGCUGACUCGGGAUUUUUGGGCUUAGGCGCUUCGUUUCUGCGCUUGUCUUGGCGGACAGGUCAGGCGGCGUCAGCUGCGUGUGGCAGGACGAUGGGGCGGGUGGUGAAGGUGUUGCGGACUCUGCGGACUCACUGGAAGAAGUCCACUCUGGCUGCGUGUGUCCUGUCUUACGGUGGACGCUGGUUGUACGGAAAGCACUGUGAGAACGUCCUGCGGAGAGAAGCCUGCCAGGAGGCCAGGGAAUUUGGCCGCAAUUUAAUUGGACCCCAAGUGCCGCUCAAGAAAGCAACAGUAAUCCUGAAUCCUGCGGCAAGCCAUGGAAAAGCCAACAGUCUGUUUGAGAAGAAUGCAGCUCCUAUUUUACACCUUGCUGGCGUGGAGGUUAACAUCGUAAAGACGGACUAUGAGGGGCAGGCAAAAAAAUUAAUGGAUCUGAUGGAGCACACCGACAUGCUGAUUGUUGCCGGGGGAGAUGGGACACUACAGGAGGUGAUAACUGGCUUGCUCCGAAGAACUGAUGAGGAAUCUUUCAGUAAAACGCCCAUAGGAUUUAUUCCUCUCGGCUCGCAUAACACCCUGAGUGAAAGUCUACAUCUAAUUACUGACAACAAAGUCAGGUGCAUUACUUCAGCCACACUGGCCAUACUUAAAGGAGAGACAGUGCCACUGGAUGUCCUGCAGAUAAAGAGUGAGAAGGACCAACCAGUCUUUGCUCUAGUGAGUUUACGCUGGGGUUCCUUCAGAGAUGUUGCAGCAUCCAUCAGCAAAUAUUGGUACCUUGGCCCUUUGAAAACGAGAGCAGCACAUUGGUUUAGUACAUUGAAGAACUGGCCACAGACUCGCCAUGCUUCUCUCUCCUGCCUUCCUCCCGUUCCUCGACCUCCAGACCUGCCAGCUGAAAAGCCCAUAAGACCCAACCUGCUGUAUCGCAUCUAUCGCCGGCUUCAAAACUACUGGAAUCCUCCUGUAGAAGAGCCCCCUGUAGAGCCAGAACCAGAGCAAUGGGAGGACCGGCAGAUCUCCACUUUAGAGCUCACAAUAAGCACACAGAACAGAAACCCUGUGAAAAAGCGGACAGAUGAUUUCAUGGUGCUGUCUGUGGAGCCAGACACGCUUUCUGUUGGACAGUUCAUUACAGAAGGAACAAAGAAAGCCGAAAAACAACUGGAAUGCACAGAAAAUGCACUUCAGUUGGAGGCCAGCGCAUGUCAUGUCACCUUGCCUCAGGAGGGCGCUGGCUUUUAUGACAUCGACAACGAAGCCUUUGAAGCUAUGCCAGUGGAAGUGAGGCUGUUGCCCCGGAAACUGAGGUUUUUUUGCAGUGCAGAGCGCCGAGAAGAACUGGCACAGCUCCCAUCACCACCACCGUAAAGAAACCUUUGAUGUCACGAUGUUAGAUCAAACCACUGGGAAUGACGUGGAUCCCGAAGACUGCACCAUGCAGAAAUUUUGAUACAAUCUGUGGAAUUCCCCCUUAAUACGAUGCCACCUACUCAAGCCACUAUCAAAACUAAAGAAAUCGUGCAGGCUUCAGAGGACGACGUCCGAGGCCUGCCCUGCCCUAACGAGUGCCGUGAUUAAAGAGGUGUGUUCAGACAGUAUGCAGCUAAACCAAAGUCCUUUCUGAUUGUUGCAAAAGUGAACAUACAGUAGUUGGGAUGUCUGUGUCUUCAGUGACUGAUGUACAGAAUAAAGUCAUAAAGCGAAGCAAGGCAAGAAAGUCCACAUCCAAAGCCACCCUGAAGACCCAUCAAGAGCUCAUCUGAUGGAACUCCAACUGUUCCUUCUUCCUCCAAAACUGAAC